GCCGCCACCGGCGAGGAAACUAGGGCGGCGCGCGCUCUCUUCCGCGUUUCAAGCGACCCGGCGGGGCGACCGCUCUAUGUGGUGGCUCAGAACCGGUAUUUUGACAGUUCACCGCCAGACUCGCGUCGCGAAGGUACUGCUGCCGCUUCUCCUGCCCGACCCUCCCGCUCCCCAGUUUCGUCGCUGCUUUGCGAUGGCCAACGACGGUGGAUUGGUGCUCGUCACCGGGGCCUCUGGCUUCAUAGCCCUGCACGUGGUCCGAGCCCUGCUCAAGCAAGGCUUCCGAGUGCGCGGCACUGUCCGCGAUGCGAACAACGAGACCAAGACCAAGCCGCUCCGGACCUGCUGCCCGGAAGCCCAGCACCCCGUGGAACUAGUCGAGGCCGACCUCCUGGACGACUCCGGGUGGGCCGACGCCGUCAAGGGCUGUCAGCUCGUCGUCCACAUCGCGUCCCCGUUCCCGAACGCCGAGCCGAGCCACCCCGACGACGUGAUCCGACCGGCCGUCGAAGGCACGCGCCGAGUGCUCAAGUUCGCCGCUGACGCCGGAACCGUCCGGCGCGUGGUCCUGACCAGCACCAUGGGCGCCGUCCACGGCGAGGUGGACACUCCGGCCGAUCGCGAGUACGACGAGAACGACUGGACCAACGUGGACUUCAAGGGCCUGGAGACGUACGCCAAGAGCAAGACCCUCGCCGAGAAGGCGGCCUGGGACUUCGUCAACGCGCUGCCGGCUGCCAAGCGUUUCGAGCUGGUCACUGUCAACCCGUCUCUGGUGUUCGGCCCGCCGCUGCACGGCACCUACGGCACGAGCAUCGAGGUCGUCAAGCGACUCCUGGACAAAUCAACUCCCUUGAUCCCGUACGUCAACUUCGCCGUGUGCGACGUUCGCGACGUGGCCAAGGCGCACGUCCAGGCCCUGAUCGUGCCCGAGGCGGCCGGUCAGCGUCACAUCAUCAACUCCGGCAACGUCUGGCUCAAGGACAUCGCCCACACGCUCCGCGAGGAACUGAGCUGCCAGGGCUACUACAUUCCGUUCCUGUCGGCUCCCAACAUCGGUCUCUGGCUCGUCGGCUUCGUGGACCGGUCGGCCAAGAUGCUCUACCCUCGGGUCGGCAAGGUGUUCAAGUUCUCCAACAAGCGCAUGCGCGAGGUGCUCAAGGUUGAGCCGAGGCCCAUCAAGGAGUCCAUCCUGGACACGGCCCACGGUCUCAUCCAAGCCGGCAUCAUACACGAAGCCCCCAAGUACGUCCGCAAGGAGCUACGCCUGGAUUGACCUCCCGGUUUUGCAGCUGUGGACUUGACCGCAGGGGACUGACUGCUUGCAUGCGGGUCCGCCGUGUAUGCUAUGCUAUCAUUAUUGCUAACUCGUGGCAUGCCUGUGGCUUUUCCUUCCGAGACCACGUGAACGCUCCCAUACAAACAAGUGCACGGUCGCGUGCUGUGAAGGUGGUGCCCUUAAAACCGGGGGCUGGCCGCAUUCUUAACUAUCGUAACCGCGCGCACGACUUUUCGGGUAGCAUUCGGCGCCCGCCGUCCAUAUACUGCCUUUGUCCAAAGUUUGGUACAGCCAGUGUGCUUGUUGUCCUACCUGAGUAAGUAACAUGCCGAGGAGCGAACAGCUGUAUGGUCUUUUGGCAAGCUAGGAGGAAAAGCCGUUUUCGGUGUUUUGGCCGGGCAUCUUGGGCAAUGAUUACACACUUAAAGACCUUGUAGAAAUGACUUUGACAUCUCGGCUAUUGGGGACCAAUGUGCAGAUGCCGUGUGUACAACCGAAAAAAAAAAAUUGUACAUCCUGAAUAAAGUGUAAAGGCAUUGUUUUGAA